GUUUAAGCAUCGCUUUAAAGUAUUGCCAUUAUCAUUCCUGUUUCUGCGGUGAAAAGCUGCUGCGCAACCAGUUUCUUUCCUCUGCCCCCUUCCUAUUUUGCCGCAUUGGACUUAAAGACGAAGCAUUGGCGUUGGAUAAUAUCGAAAAUUGGAUUCAAGUCAUAGACGGAGACGAGCGUUUCUGUCUUUCUGAGUCACAUGUGUUUUCACUGAUGGGAUUCAUUGUCCUUCGGGAAUAUUCGGGAUACGGGACAGAGGAGAAAAGGCGGAGAGGGUCGCAGAAAAACCGCGCAGGACAGCCUGAGACUAAAGUGGACUGCUUCCAGCUGCCAGACUGAGCCAAGCAGCAAGGCUUCAUAAGACACCUGGGACAGUAGAGGGCAGUGUUUGAUACACUGAGCCAAUACCCAGUCAGGUUGAAUGAUGGGUAACCACAAUGACAAGGACAGCUACAGCCCUACAGAUACAGGUUCCCCUUUAGACUUCUACCACACACCUCCUACCUCACCCUUUGAGGCAGAGGUGGCUGCCAUGGCUUCACCCUCUGCAGCUUCGACUGAUAAGAUGCAAACUUCAUCACCAGUCACCAGCGCCACGCCCUCCACCCCCUCCCAAGCUGCAGACUGGAAACAGAAGCUCUCGGCUCCCUCGGAGUGGGCAGUGAUCAACGUGGAGAGCAUCAACUCGAGUGAUGCAGCAGCCGGACAGGAGACGGACGUUCCGAUUGCGCUGCCUUUGCCCCGAGGAUUACCUUCAGAGCAGAGCUGGCAGGAGAGAGACAGCGGGAUGGAGCUACAGGCAGCAGCAGAGAGAGCUGGAGAGGAGAUGACCCUGGUUUUACUCAGCCUGAUAGAGCAUUACAGAGCUUCACUGGGCCUAACCCCCAACACUGAUAUUACCACCGGAGCUGUCGAAAUGAUGAGGCGCUUAAUAACUGAAAGGGAAGACCUUGUUGAGAAGCUGGACAUGCUAAAGGAGACACUUAGGACAGAGAGGUUGGAGUGGCAGCAGUUCCAGUGGGACUUGCAGACUGCCGUGUCCGUGGCCGACAGGCUGCGACUGGAAUCGGAUCACUCUCUGGGUUUGCUCCAAGAGAACCAUAGAGCUCUGGAGGAGCAGCUGGCUCACACUCUCAGGAAGCAGCAGGAGACCGAGCGAGCGCUGGAGAGCCUGAGAGUCGAGCACAAAGACGUUUGCUGCAAACUAAAUGAAGUCGUUGUGCAACGGCAGCAGGAGCAAGCAGAGCUGGAUGUUCUUAGGAAUGUUUGUAGGCUGAAAAAUGAACUGAUAGAUAAAGAGGUUAGAAAUGAUUUUCAAAACAAAGGUGAAACAGAAAUUAGAAAUGGUGGCGAUGGUGAAACUCAUGAUCUUGACAAGACGAAAGGAUCAGAAAAUGUUGAGCUGACUAGAAAGGGAGUAGCUGAGGGCUGCAUUCACACUCUGGAGAAAAAGAAAGAAGUCGGACGUGGACCAAGAGAUCCACGGAAGAUAGUGAUGUUGUCCGAAAGGUCUUGGAGCCUGUCUGGUCUUCCACUGCAAAGUGAUUCUUCAAAUCAGAAUGGGACUUCAAAAAACACAAGCACAACAUUACCAUUAUGCAAGAAAGAAGAGCCAACAGAAGGGAAAAGAGCAGACCGGCUUUUGAGGAGGCAGGACAGUUGGUCUAACUUUCAUACAGGAAAACAAGAGGAGGAUCAAACCUCAGAUUCAGUGAAACCUCAGGAUGGCUUCAGUGCUUUGCUGAGGCGUCAUGGUGGCUCCAGGAGAAACUCUCUGCUGCGGUGGUGCCAAAGUCGUACCCAAGGUUACAAGAAUAUUGAGAUCACCAAUUUUAGUACCUGCUGGGAGGAUGGGUUGGCAUUCUGUGCGGUUUAUCACACCUACUUGCCAACUCGUAUCCCGUAUGACAGCCUCGCUCCAACUGACAAGGAAGAAAACCUUGGACUUGCGUUCAAGACGGGAGAGAGCGUGGGAAUCCCGGCCACACUGACAGUGGAGGAGAUGCUGAAGGCAGAUGGGCCAGACUGGCAGAAAGUGCUGGCAUAUGUCGAAAGCGUUUUCCGUCACUUUGAAAUGUGAAGACAGGAUCCAGUGACUUGCACUCUUCCAUUUACCUUUUGUGAAGAAUUGGGAGGUGAACUAGUGAAUCAGUGCUCUUGCACACAAGGAACUCAUCUGUCAGGAUUUAAAAUGUGUCAGAAGUGUUGAACUGGCAUUUUUUCUUUUGUGUCAAAUCAUUCACUCAGAAGCAGGUGCUUGCUGACUCCCUGUGGAAGAAACUAUACAGCAUUUCACCCAUGGAGCACUUUUUAAUUUUUUUUACUUGCACAGCAACUACACUGGAUCUGGGGAAUAAGAUCUAGGACGCAGAAAGAAGUGCAGCAGGAUGAUCACCUGCUCACCAGGUACUUCUGUGUUCCAGUCGGUGCAUUGAUUUAUGCAAUGUAUGCACUUCAUUUACUUUAAAGAGCACUUUAUUACCAAGUUAGCUAUGACAAUGUAGCAUUUUUGGAGGAAUAUAUUGGCAUCUAGGUCACUUUAUCUUAACUAUUUAUUAUGCACCUCUUCUCUAAUCACUGUCUUCAUCUAUUCAGAGUGGGAUCAGACAUGUAGUACAAUUUUUAUGCUAGAAAUCAGGUUUUUACCAUGAACACUCCUACCACUGUCUGAAAUGUAAAGGUACCUCUUGGCUUUUUAAAAAUGUGAUUAUGAUUUUAAUGCAUUAAUAAAGUGUCUAUCACA